CGUCAGCAAUUGUCGGCACCUGUCGGGCGGCAGUUCCUCUUGAGCCGCUCCCUGGCUUGAGUCCGCUCAGCCGCCUCUCUGGGCAGUGCGGGGCAACCAGCCUCCUAUUGCGGGCUGCUCUCGGCGCGACAGAGUCCGCGCCGGCCGGUUCGGCUGUCCGAGAACGUGCCUGCCUCGACGAGCUGGUUGUGGGUGGGAGCCGAAUCCAGUCGGGCCCAGGCUGCGGCGGAGCCGGAAGCGGACCCGGGCGCAGGUCCGGCACUGGACUCCUAUCAUCCAGCGGGAGGCAAGACAGUUCUUCGUUCUGGCCCGGUUCACCGCGACUGCGGUCUCUUCUGCGUCUCCUGCCCUGCAGAUGCUUAGAAACUUAAGGGCAUGCUCCGGGUGCAGAGCCCAAGCAGCAGCUGGUCUGUGUCACAGCCACUAAAAACAUCCCUGGAGGGUUAAAACAGCACUGAUAACCGUAGCGAGAUGGAGAAAACCAUUGUUAACAGAAUUCCCAAGAAGAAAUGUUUGUGGUUAGAAGGAGCAUUGGUAUUUUGGGUGGGAGGUGAGAUCCAUCCUCCUCCCCCAAGGAUUGGUACUUUCGGGUGAUAAUAUCUGGUGACUAAUUGCCAUUUAAGGAGGGGGAGUUUGAUUAAGUCCUCACGAUUUUGUUUUGCUGACUAGGGUAUGGUAAGCUGGGACCAGAGCUGAAUUUCUGGAAGAUAGAACUGUAGCUAGCAGGAGUUGGGUGACACUCUGAUUCUUCCUCCACCUGUCCCCCAUAGAGCUCUUGGUUUCAGCUCUUAAUAAAUGUUGAACAAAUAUUUGAAGAAUAUCCUGUUGCAGGGUUGCCAGAUUAUUUUCCUGGUUGGGGAGUCCACAGUUAUCAUUAAAGCCCUGCCCAUGGGCAUUGUCUGUAAUGGCAUAUGCUGCUUUUAUGCAUUCUCCCAUUUCAUAUAAGUCCAACCUUAAGAGUCUAUUUUGUGGCAAUAUAGGAAGUAAAAGGAAAAAAAGUGUUUUGAUAACUAACAUACAAUAGGGACAGCAGCAUAAUGAGAAACAAAAACUUGAAAAUUACAGAAGUGAAUUAUUUGAAAUUGGUGCAACAUUUUACAGAUCUAGCCUUAUUGCCAAUAAAUAUUGGUUGUGCCUCCUAAAAACCAAACCAAACCAAACUAAACCCAUGGUCGUCAAGUUGAUUCCAACUCAUAGCGACCCUAUAGGACAGAGUAGAACUGCCCCAUAGGGUUUCCAAGGAGCGCCUAGUGGGUUUGAACUGCCGAUGUUUUUGUUUAGCAGCUGUAGCUCUUAACCACUGUGCCACCAGGGUUUCCUGUGUCUACUAGAAAUGAAUAAUAGAAAAUUGCAUAGUUUGCAGUUUCAGUAGUUUAAUAUUCACAAAGGUUUUAUCUCCACCCAGACCCAGUGCCGUCGAGUUGAUUCCGACUCAUAGCGACCCUACAGCACAGAGUAGAACUGCUCCAUAGAGCUUCCAAGCAGCGCCUGGCAGAUUUGAUAUAACCCAGGUUAUAUCUGGGUCUCCUGAAUUUCCAAAUUCUCAGGUCUUAAAAAUAAUGUCCUCCAUAAACUAUAGUAAAAUAUAACUGAAAAGUAUAACAACACCUUAAAUGCGCCUAUAAAUAUAGAACAAGAGUGAUUUAAUAAGCUAUUAAAAUUUUUGGCACACUUAUCGAAAGAUGUAAAUUAUAGAGCAGACUUGAUCAAUUCACAGAAACUGUUCUGUGCUUUAUCCAAGACUUAUAUUUUUAGUUAAGGACUAUUGAUUUUUAGACCCGUUCAUUUCUGUCACUGUCAUUUGCAGUUGUUGGCUUUCUUUGUGGGGCCAUUUUCCACAUAGAAACAAAUAUUUGUGGGGACUAAUGUGAACUUGUGAGAGGCAGAAUACGAUGAAGGUUAAGACGUUGCAUACAGUUGAGUUGUGGGCUAGAUCUAUAGUCACUGUGGGCAUGAUUUAAAUCCUCAGCAAAAUUUAAUAUGAUUACAUGUCAUGGAUUUUAUGAUAUUAACCCUGAAAAAUUAAAAUUGCUGGUAAUUGAAAUCUCAUACUGGAUAAUUUGUGAAUGGAGUGAAGAGAUAUUUUGAUCUAAUGUUAAACUGAAGGAUGGAAAGUCAUACUUAGAAUAUUAUUUUUGAAAAAUUCCUUUAAUAUACUUUAAAAAUGAUAUUCCCUGCCAAAACCCUGUAUGUUUUACAAAUAUCUAAAUUUAUUUGAUUACCCUUCCACUUAGAUCAGUAGUUAUUUUCAAGAAUAUAAUACGUAUUCUCAUGUAAUCAUUACGUAAAUAUUUUCAAAGCUGAUAAGAAAAUAGUAUUACAGGUCAGAGUAUGUUUGCAGGCUAUAAAUAUUUGGUUUAGUGUUUAAACAUUCACUGUGUUGUUUUUGGAAUCCGGAACCUAUAUAAUACCUAAAAUAAAGUAGUUUUUAGUUUGACAGCCCUAAACUUUCUUUUUAUGAAAAUGAUAAUCUAGGACAUGGUUUGGCAAAUUUUUCAGUAAAGGGCCAGGUUGAUUUCUGUCACAACUACUCAGUUCUGCUAUUGUUGGGUAAAAGAAGCCAUUGGCAGUAUGUAAAUAAAUGAGCUAACCUAUGUUCCAGGAAGCUCUGGUGGCACAGUGGUUAAAGUGACCAGCUGCUAACUAAAAGUCCAGUGGUUUGAAUCCACCAGCUGCUCCGAGGAAAAAAGAUGUGGUAGCUACCUUCUGUAAACAUAACAAGCUUGGAAACCCUGAGACAGUUCUCCUCUGUCCUAUAGGGUCAUUACGAGUUGGAAUUGACUCGAUGGCAGUGGGUUUGGUUUUUGGCUUACCUAUGUUCCAAUAAAACUUUAUUUUUGGACAUUAAAAUUUAAAUUUUAUGUGAUCGUCACAUGUCACAAAUUGUUAUCUUCAUAUUUCUUGUCAACCAUUUAAAAAUGUGAAACCAUUUUGAGCUUGCAGGUUGUAUAAAAACAUGAUGAGAGCCAUAGUUUGCUCACUGUUAAUCUAGAAGAUGGGAAAUGUUUUCUCCUCCACUGAGUAAUUAAAGAUUAUUGCUGUUUAUUUUUUGAAGGCAUACAUUUAUCCCUAGUGUAGGAAAGUUUAGAACAAAGGCAGUAUUGUGAUCUCCUUCACUUCCUUUUACAUAAACGCUGCUGUUUUUUCAAACAUAAACAGAUCUUUGGAAAGAAAGUUUAGGCAGAUAAAAGCUUUAUUUCUUCUGUGCUACCUUAUUACUUUUCAGUUAAUACCUGAUGUAAUUUUACAGAUUUGCCUGCAAUUUGCAAAUUGUUUUAACUCAUUUCUUUAAUUCCUCCAGUGGAAAAUACUUAUAUUGAAGAAUCUGUUUUCUUGUAAGUUCCUGUUUUACAAAUGUAAAGAUAAUUGGUGUGGAAGUUUUAUCAUCCUUUGCGUUUAAAUUAUGAUUAGGUUCCCAAAGCAGUGAAUUAAAGUGUACUUAGCACAUACUGUAGGUACAGUAGCAGUCCAGAAUCAACCUAUGUCCCUUUGAACUCUUAACCUGGGGUUGUGUGGCCCCUUGGCCAAAUCCGGCUCAUUUCCUAUUUUUGCAUGGCCUGAGAGCUAAGAAUGGGUUUUACAGAUGAAUAUUUGCAAUUGAUUUGAUGAAGGAAUGCUAACUUUGAGCCCCAGUUAAGUGAAAUGUUACCCUCCGCCCCCCCCAAAAAAGAAUUCCAUUCUUCUUGUUAGUCGACAUGCAGUCGGCUCUGACUCACGGUGACCUUAUGUUUAACAGAAUGAAACGUUGCCCAGUCCUAUGCUAUCUUCAUGAUCAUUGCAUUCUUCUCAUUAGUGGACUUAUAUUACAAAGCAUUGUACUCAAUUAUUACUACAUUUUGAAUUUUGUCAAAGAAUUUGCGAGAAUUUGUUUUCUUGUCACAGAAUGUCAGUUUGUUAUUCAAGUUAUACUGCUUGAUAGUGAUGACCCUGGUGGCUGCAGCUUACACCAUAGCUUUGAGAUAUACAAGGACAUCAGACAAAGAACUCUACUUUUCCACCACAGCUGUGUGUAUUACUGAAGUUAUAAAGUUAUUGCUAAGUGUGGGAAUUUUAGCUAAAGAAACUGGUAGUCUGGGUAGAUUCAAGACGUCUUUAAGAGACAAUGUCUUGGGGAGCCCCAAGGAACUGAUGAAGUUAAGCGUGCCAUCGUUAGUGUACGCUGUUCAGAACAAUAUGGCUUUCUUAGCUCUUAGCAAUCUGGAUGCUGCAGUGUACCAGGUGACUUACCAGUUGAAGAUUCCCUGUACUGCCUUAUGUACUGUUUUAAUGUUAAACCGGACACUCAGCAAACUACAGUGGGUUUCAGUUUUUAUGCUAUGUGGAGGAGUCACCCUUGUACAAUGGAAACCAGCCCAAGCUACAAAAGUUGUGGUGGAACAGAAUCCAUUAUUAGGGUUUGGUGCAAUAGCGAUUGCUGUAUUGUGCUCAGGAUUUGCAGGAGUAUAUUUUGAAAAAGUUUUAAAGAGUUCAGACACUUCCCUUUGGGUGAGAAACAUUCAGAUGUAUCUCUCAGGGAUUGUUGUGACAUUAGUUGGUGUCUACUUGUCAGAUGGAGAUGAAAUUAAAGAAAAAGGAUUUUUCUAUGGUUACACAUAUUAUGUCUGGUUUGUCAUCUUUCUCGCAAGCGUUGGAGGCCUCUAUACUUCUGUUGUGGUCAAGUACACAGACAACAUCAUGAAGGGCUUUUCUGCAGCAGCAGCCAUUGUCCUUUCCACCAUUGCUUCAGUGAUGCUGUUUGGACUACAGAUAAGGUGCUUUUAUGCUGUAAGGAAACCCUGGUGGCGUAGUGGUCAAGUGCUGCAGCUGCUAACCAAGAGGUCGGCAGUUUCAAUCUGCCAGGUGCUCCUUGGAAACUCUAUCAGGCAGAUCUGCUCUGUCCUGUAGGGUCGCUAUGAGUCGGAAUCGACUUGACAUCAGUGGGUUUGGUGUUUUUUUGGGUUGUGCUGUAAUGAUGAUUUUCCUUACUAAUCAGUUAAUAUACCAUAAACUAAUGUGUGAGAAAAAUCUGUCAAAUAUCUACGGUAAAUAAAACAGACCUGGCCUGUAUUUACAUUUCAUUUUAAAA